AUGCAGGAUUCGUUCGGACUGGUUCAUCCAGACUACGGGUUCCUGCUCGCCAGUACAUUUGUCUAUGAAGGGACAACACUCAUCCUGAAGCAGUACAUCAAGCCAUGCGUGGAGUUGGUACCAGCCUUCGUUCUGAGUGGCCAUCUCCGUGGGCCAAACUGCACUGUUGCCGACGUUAUAAAUGCCAUUGAUUAUGCUAUCCCCGCUAUUGGAAUCAUCGAUUCUCGUGUGGAGAACUGGGCAAUCGACCUCCCCGAUACUCUGGCUGAUAACGGUUCAACCGGCUCUGUAAUUGUGGGUGGUACUCCACGGAAGCUUACUGAGUUGACCCUGCGCGACGCCCGAGGCACAUUGCGUUUUAAUGAUAAGGAAGUUAUGUCGGGCAACACCGCGAACAUCCUUGGAAACCCACUUUCUGCUACCGCAUGGCUGGUCAAUCACCUGGCUGCCUAUGAUAUGGAGUUCAAACCAGGCCAAGGGAUUCUGCCCGGCAGUUGCUUGCAAGCCGUCCCUAUGGAGGAAACGGGUCACUGGACAUGCACGUUUGAGGGCUGGGGCACAGUGGAAUUUGAUGUUGUAUGA